AGAAGGGACAUAGUUAGACCUGCAACAUUCUGGUAAAGAGGGUUGACAUCCUCAUUCAGCUCUAAAUCGCCAACAUGAACCCACAGGGUGUUACUUUGAAGGCAAUUGUCAUCAUUCAUUUUAUCCUUGUGAUAUGGGCAUCGAUGAUGGAGGGGUACCUACCCCCGGCCUACUGGGCGAUGAACCUUUUUAUCCUGAUGCUUGGAGUGUGGGGCGUGGCCUGUCCAGAGUCAGCUGAUGCUAUUUUUAUGUUCCUUGUUUUACAUCUCAUCAGUAUCCUUCAGGACAUAAUCUUUAUAGCUAUACAUCAGCCCCUGGCCUAUGAUGCUUAUGAAGUACCAAACAGUAGACGAGUGUCGGAAUUCCGGUUCUCCACAGGUAUGAGCAUUGUGAACUUGAUUCUGAAGCCAUUUACAGCCUUCCUCUUGUACCGUAUCUUCAAGGAUAGGGGAGGAGAAUACGGGACAAUGAACAUUCCAGGGUUCCCAAAUUUUGGUAAUUCACCAACUGCUGGAGGUCAGUAUGAAAACAUAGACCAACCUGUUCCCACCAAUCAAGUGGACUCUCCCGAUGAUCACAACCCAUACGGUGAUAAGCCUUCCAGUCACCCAUAGAGGUCAGAGGUUAAAAUAUACCUGAAUUGUGAUGGUCAUUUGUGAAGUGGAAAUACAAAUGUCACUGGAGAAAGUUGAUGGAUGAUAUAGGUGUAUUGUUUUAUUUUUUAUUUUUAAGGAUGACUGGAAAUUACUGUUAUACUGAUGUGUGUUUUUUCCCAUUGAAACUUUGUGAUGACUUUUCACAUUAAUUAACGAACAUGGAAAAAACAAUUAAACAUUUUUUGUUGUGUGUGUGUUUGCAAUAUCAAGGUAAAAAGUUGUUUAAAACAGAAAUGAUAUCUUUGUGUGAGGGUUACUUUAAAAUUUUCAAAGAAAAAAUUAAUUCUACGUCAAUUCCUAACUAAACAUUGUUGUUGCAUCGACAGAAAUCUUUUAUCUGUUUUUCACCGUGAAGAACUUGCUAAGUUCGUCUGAUAAUUGUUUGUAUUUGGAAUCGUGAGGAUUAGUGUUUGCCAUACUACAAAUAUACCGGUAUGUUGUGUUGACUGUUUUACAUAAUCAUUCAUUUAACUGAACAACUUAUUUUGGUGAGAUUUGAAAGCUGAGAGGGAGUGAGAAUGAGGCGUUUGUUAUGUCCCCUUUAUAUAUAUGAUUUUAUAUAUUGGACAAAUGAUGUAACCAGGUAUAUUAAUAUAUACAUGUACUGUUAUGUUAAUUUUGAUUUUAUUUCAACAUUCCAAUAUUUCUGCUGAUUAUAUUAUAGAAAAUUAUUUACAAAUUCAGCUUUUAAAAUGUUAUUUUACCAUUCCAUAAAGCUUGCAGGUAAAUUUACAUGGGUAUAUUUAAUAACUGGGCUGGGAAGACUAAUUUUCCUACGUGAUAUCUAUUCGUUAUUUGGGAAUUUUAUUUUUAAUCCAAAUUUUUAUUUCCUUUUGUCAUCAGCUAGUUUAACCACAAAUACACAGGAAGGAUGACCACAGUUUUUGUUCAGAUGUGUUAUUUAAAGCUACGCUGUUCUAUUUUAAAGUGAUUAUUAAUUCCAUGUUAUGUAAUUUUAGAAGUGAUUAUGUCAUAACUAGAUGGUUUUUAAGCUUGUGAUUAAUUAACUGUGCAAUAUUAUUCCAAUGUCUAUGGCAACCAUUAUUUCUCAAAAAAAACAACUUCUUAAUAUUACUUUAUACAUUUUUGUACUGUACAUAUCGGUUUGUAUAAAUGAAACUUGUAGAAGCUGAAUGUAUUGGAUAAACGGGUGACAUAUGGAAGAUCUUAAUAUACCUUAGAGUAGGUAAGUUCAUGUUCACAAAAAAAAUGUGUCAUAUCUAAAAAUACACCACUCAUUGAUUGA